ACUGAUACCACAGAGAGAGGACUAAGCCCAAGGCGAGCACUCAUCUCUCCCCCUUGUCUCUGCGCACAUGGAUACAUGGUAGUGUGACUGCGGAUUACAGCCCUAUGUCCCCCGUGUGUGAACUCAGAACUGCUACAUAGAGACCCUCUCCCAUCCCUCACUAUGGAUAGGUGGAUACUAUCAUGGGAUUGCUGGAAAGUCACCGUGCUGCUCCUGGUCCUGCAGAGGCUCUGCACUGUCAGAACAGCAACUCCAGUUAAUGUCUUAAAAGCCCUGGAACUCAAUGAAGAAAUUGAAGGCGUUACGUUGGCGGCCGGACUCUGUACACACAGACAAGGAAUUGAGGAGACGGACAUUGCUUUCCGAGUGGAAAAUAGAACGCACUUUAGCGCCCCAACUAAGCAGCUAUUUCCAGAUGAAUCGUUGCCAGAAGAUUUCUCCAUUCUCAUCACUCUCAAAGUUAGGAAAGAUGCUCAGUUCUUCCUCCUCUCCGUUUACAAUGAAAAGGGUGUUCAACAGCUUGGUGUGGAAAUUGGGCGCUCCCCAGUCUUUGUGUAUGAAGAUCAACAUGGAAAUCCAACCCCUGAAAACUACCCAUUCUUCAAGAAGAUCAACCUGGCCGAUGGCAAGUGGCAUCGAAUUGGAAUUAGUGUAGAAGGAAAAAAUGUGACGAUGAUUGUUGACUGUGAGAAGAAGCAGACCCAAUACCUGGACCGUGGGGACGAUUCUAUUAUUAGCACUGACGGCGUCACCCUGUUUGGGACACGGCUACUAGACGAGGAGGUAUUUGAGGGUGACAUCCAACAGCUGCUGAUGGUGGCAGACCCCAGAGCCGCCUACGACUACUGUAACACUUACAUGCCCAACUGUGACGGUGCGCUCGUCUACGCUGUGCAAGCCCAGGACCCAGAGUUCCCUGAGCAGAAUGCCACAGAAUCUACUCCUCGAAAGAAAAAGGACAGAAAAGGUAAAAAGAAGGAUAGAAAGGGCAAAAAGAAGAAAAAGUCUGUAGCAGAGCACACAGGACAGUUGCACAGCACUGUUAUAAGUCCGACAGAAGGGAUCACUACCUCAGCCGCCACUCAGGCGGUCACACUUCUCAUGACAGAGACAAAACCAAGACCAACAGAAGACCCCAUUCUAUCAGAGUAUGAGUUCCCAGACUAUUACUAUACUCCCUCACCCGAAGAAGAAGAAGAUAUCACAGUGUCCACAGUGUCUGUCAGCAUCAAUGCUACUGACUACGAAGAUGUAGUAGAGGAGUAUGUGACUGGGGAGGAACAAGAAAGAAAUGAAGAUGACUAUGAGAUCAAACAGUAUGAAGAUGAGGACUAUGACAAUAGAGAGGAUAGAGAAGAGAGGUAUGGACCAGCAGAGCGUGGACAGGUGGAGACCCAAGAGGCAGGAGCGGAGGAUGAGAAGAGUAUGAAAGGACAAAAGGGAGAACCGGCCAGAGUAGAACCGGGUAUAGCGAUUGAGGGCCCUCAAGGAUUACCUGGAUACCCGGGUGAACCAGGGCCAGCUGGUCCAACGGGUCCUACAGGACCAUUUGGAGAUCCUGGUGAGAGGGGCCCUCCUGGACGACCUGGUCUUAAUGGAGCUGAUGGUAUCCCUGGUCCUCCUGGAAACACAGUGAUGCUUCCUUUCCAAUACGGUGGUGAAUCCAGAGGACAGAUGGUGUCAUUUCAAGAAGCUCAGGCGCAGCAAAUCUUGCAGCAAGCUAAGUUGGCAAUGAAAGGUCCACCAGGACCAACGGGUUUGACAGGAAGACCUGGCCCUCUCGGUCCUCCUGGGUCUACAGGUCUAAAAGGUGAUUUUGGAGAAUCAGGACCUCCGGGCCCGCGUGGCUUUCAAGGUAUUCCAGGGCCUCCUGGAAAGAUUGGCAAAAGAGGACGUGGGGGAGCAGAUGGUGCCCGUGGUGUGCCUGGGGAAACUGGAAUAAAGGGAGACCGUGGAUUUGAUGGUUUGCCUGGUCUUCCAGGAGAGAAAGGUCACAGGGGAGAUUUAGGAGGUUCCGGACCAACUGGUCCACCUGGAAAUAAGGGAGAAAAGGGUUCUCAUGGGCCUCCUGGACCCUCAGGUUCCUCUGGAGAGGCAGGUGUGCGUGGUUUAGUGGGUCCCAGGGGACCUCCUGGACCACCCGGUCAACAAGGUGUGAAUGGCAUUGAUGGAUCUCAAGGAUCAAAAGGAAACCAAGGUAUACAAGGAGAAACUGGGCCAAAUGGACAACAAGGAAAUCCAGGACCUCACGGAUUGCCAGGACCCCAAGGUCAUAUUGGCAUGCCAGGAGAGAAGGGUCCAGCAGGAAAGCAAGGAAUACCAGGACUGGCUGGGUCUGAUGGUCCACCGGGACAUCCCGGUAGAGAAGGACCUCCUGGAGAGAAGGGCAUUCAGGGUCUUCCUGGACCCCCUGGUCCUAUAGGAUAUCCUGGAACCCGUGGUGUUAAGGGAGCCUUUGGUGUGAGGGGGCCAAAAGGAGGCAAAGGUGAAAAGGGAGAAGAUGGAUUUCCAGGAUCCAAAGGAGAUAUGGGAAUUAAAGGAGACACGGGUGACCCUGGAGCUCUAGGAGUACGUGGAGAAGAUGGUCCUGAAGGUCCUAAGGGACAAUUUGGGCCCUUAGGAGAAAUCGGGUCUUCUGGAAUUCCCGGGGAGAAGGGAAAACUUGGAGUUCCAGGUCUUCCAGGAUAUCCUGGGCGCCAAGGAACAAAGGGGUCCACAGGGUUUCCUGGACCAUUGGGUAUGGCUGGAGAGAAGGGCAAGAGGGGAAGAGGUGGACAGCCUGGACAAGCCGGACAGCGUGGACCUUCGGGUACCAGAGGUGAAAGAGGUCAGCGAGGGCCAACCGGAAAACCUGGUCUGAAGGGUGACUCAGGUCAUGAUGGUGUUCCAGGACCUGCUGGUGAAAAGGGACCAUUAGGGCCUCCAGGACCAGUUGGAUUUGCAGGACCAAAAGGACCCAAUGGUAUCCCUGGGAAAGAUGGCUUACCUGGACAUGCGGGCCAACGGGGAGAGACGGGCUUUCAAGGCAAAACAGGACUUCCGGGGCCAGCUGGAGUUGUCGGACCACAAGGAAAAUCUGGAGAAACAGGCCCUAUGGGAGAGAGAGGUCACCCAGGAUCACCAGGAUCUCCCGGUGAACAUGGAUUGCCAGGUGCUGCCGGACGUGAGGGUGCAAAGGGUGACCCCGGUCCUGUCGGAAUUCCAGGCAAAGCUGGCCCUCAAGGGUUAAGCGGAUUUCCAGGAGCCCGUGGAAUAGCAGGCGAAAUGGGUCCAUCUGGCUUAAAAGGAGGAGAAGGCCCCAUUGGUUCACCAGGAGCUCCAGGUCCAGGCGGAGAGAGAGGUCCACCUGGAGCAGCUGGUGGAAUUGGCCUUCCAGGACGCCCUGGGUCACAAGGACAAUCAGGACCUGCUGGUGAGAAGGGGAAUCCAGGCGAGAAAGGACCUGAGGGUGGAGCUGGCCAGGAUGGUGCUCAGGGAAGCAUUGGACCACCAGGACCUGCUGGUCAAUCUGGACCUGCUGGGGAUGAUGGAGAUAAGGGAGAAAUGGGCGGCCCUGGACAAAAAGGAAGUAAAGGUGACAAGGGAGAUAAAGGGCCACCAGGACCAACUGGCAUACAAGGUCCAAUAGGACACCCUGGUCAAGCAGGGCAAGAUGGAGAGCCUGGACGUAGGGGUCAACAAGGAAUGCAAGGACAAAAGGGAGAUGAAGGUUAUAGAGGGUUCCCUGGUAUAACUGGCCCAAGGGGGCUGCAGGGUAUGCCUGGACCUCCAGGAGAGAAAGGAGAAAGUGGACAUGUUGGACCAAUGGGUCCCCCUGGAACUGGAGGUCCAAGAGGUCCUAUGGGACCCAAUGGUGGUGAUGGUCCUCCAGGAAAUUUAGGUGGUACGGGUCAACCAGGAGCUGUGGGAGAAAAGGGAGAGCCUGGAGAAGCUGGAGAUCCAGGACAACCAGGAGAAACAGGUCCCUCAGGAGGCAAAGGUGAUGUUGGUGAAAAGGGAGAGUCAGGAUUAUCUGGGUCAGCUGGUCCGCCUGGAAAGAAGGGACGGCCAGGAGAAGAUGGACCAAAAGGAAACAUGGGUUCUAUUGGGUUUCCCGGAGACCCAGGACCACGCGGAGAACCUGGAGUUCCGGGAGUUGAUGGAACACCAGGAGAAAAGGGAGGUGCUGGAGACCCUGGCCAUUCUGGACCACCUGGAACUCAAGGAGAGCCUGGACCGACUGGUCCACCAGGUAGAAGAGGUCAACUUGGGCCAGUAGGCAAAGAAGGCCGACAAGGUGAAAAAGGAGCUAAGGGAGAGCCUGGCACUGAAGGUCUUCCUGGAAAGACUGGACCAGUGGGACCACAGGGAUCUCCAGGGAAGCAAGGAUCAGAGGGCAUGCGGGGCAUUCCAGGACCUGGUGGUGAACCAGGAUUAUUGGGACCACCUGGUCAAACAGGACCUCCUGGGCCUAUGGGGCCGGACGGUCUACCUGGCCUUAAAGGAGAUCCAGGAUACAAAGGUGAUAAGGGCCAUGUUGGACUCAUUGGACUAAUAGGAACUCCAGGAGAAAUGGGAGAGAAAGGAGACAAAGGGCCAGCUGGAAUCCAAGGUGUACAAGGACCUAAGGGAGAUCCGGGUGCAGUGGGAUCUGCUGGAAUAAACGGACCACCUGGGCCAAGAGGCCUUUCGGGACCUCUAGGGCAAAAAGGAUCCAAAGGUGCCCCAGGACCAUUAGGUAUGAAAGGAGACCUUGGACUAGCUGGCCCUCCUGGACCACCAGGACGUCCAGCGCAAACCAUACAACCUCUACCCCUUGACACAUAUGAAGACACAAGAAGAAGACGGCGCUACUCUGACAGGGAGCAGGCAGACGAGGGACUCACAGAUUACAUGGCUGAUGGCAUGGAAGAAGUUUAUGCCACACUAGGAUCCCUGAAAGUGGAGGUAGAGCAGAUGAGAUGGCCAGUGGGGUCCAAAGACAGCCCAGGAAGAACUUGCAAAGAGCUCCAGAUGUGUCAUCCUGAAUACAAGGACGGUGAAUACUGGAUUGAUCCAAACCAAGGUUGUAACAGAGAUGCUUUCAAGGUCUUCUGCAAUUUUACAGCUGGUGGAGAAACUUGUUUGCACCCAGACAAAAAGUUUGAGUCAGUAAAAGUUGCAGCUUGGAGUAAGGAAACCCCAGGGGGUUGGUACAGCACUUUUAAAAAAGGAAAGAAGUUCCAGUACAUUGAUGCAGAUGGUAAUCCCGUCCACGUUGUCCAGAUGACGUUCCUCAAACUACUGAGUGCUGUGGGCCAUCAAAACGUUGUCUAUAGUUGUCAGCAGUCUGUGGGAUGGUUUGAUAUGACAAAGGGAAAUCAUGACCGGUCGAUAAAGCUGAGGGCAGACAAUGAGGAGACGCUCUCCCACAGCCGUACUCCACAGCUAAAAGCCUUAUAUGAUGGGUGUCAAUAUCGUAAGGGUGUAGAGCGAACGGUGCUUGAGAUCAACACCUACAAGGUAGAACAUCUACCCCUCAGGGACAUUGCUGUCAGUGACUUUGGAGAAAGCAGUCAGAAGUUUGGCUUUGAGCUGGGGCCAGUCUGCUUCAACGGCUAAAGAAAUAAACAAAUUAAAGACGCCCAGAUCAUUCUGCUCUUCCAGAAAAAGGAAACUGAGUUUCAUGGCCAAUGAACUAGGAAACUUCUAUUGGUCAUCAAUCACAAAGAUUCACCCAUGUGUUUUUGUUAAAUUUUUGUUAUAUAUUUUUGAUAUGUUAACUGCAGGGGAUUCUAGAUGUGUGUUUCCAGUGAGGGCUCACCCUUGUAGGGUUACAGUAUGGGGAUAAUUAUGGCUCCAAAGAUCUUGAUGGACUACAGACCACCAUAUUUCAAAGUGGAAAAAGUCUGCGGCACAGUGGUCACUACAGUACUUCAGUCAUCUUUGGGUAUAUGUGAUUACUUCUGCUCACGUUACAGGAUUGUCUCUCCCCAAACAUCAGAAGCACUCCUGGGUUUUGCACUGGAGUAUAAUCAUCCAAUCAGGAUGUUUCUUUUGAUGCCCCAGUCACAGAACUGGUUGCAAUAAAGUGAUUCCAUCAUCUUCAACCAUCAGUCAUACACUGAACAAAUUCUCCUUCCAAUCUGACCAUGAUAGUUUUAUGUUAUAACCUUUAAUAUGCAUUGUAUAUCUAAUUUGAGAUCCCAAAUCUGCAAAAGGUUUAAUAGGUUAGUGAUAUCUACCUCACGUACAAGAGAUUGCUUUUGAGACUCACCAUGCGAGGAACUGGUGUCACUAACCAUAUUGACAUAAAUGUACUGUAUAUUUUUGUGUAUAGUUUUUGAACCCCAUAUUAGCCUUUAAAGAUGAGCUCUGUGUAUUAGGGUAAAGAAAAAAAUAUUUAAUUAUUUUUCCUUGUACUGUUCCCUACUGUUCUAGACAACUCUAAUCAUUACUUAAGUCAGCCAUGUCUAAUGCUCUCUGACCUUCAAGUCUAGGUAUCUAGUUAUCUCUCAGAACAUAGUUCAUCUUUUAGCUGAACAAUAUCUGUUCAAUGUCAUAUAAGUCUAGUGGAUCCAAAGACUGUCCAAAAUGUGUCUUUGGUCUUGACUUCUCAAUUACACUUCCGUGGUAUCAUGUUCCUCCAUAUCGACAAUGCAUGCUUGGAUGCACAGAGGUACUUGGUAUGUUCUAGACCUAGCAACAUCACCAGUCACUCCCUUAACCAGUUUGCACAAAAGGGGUCAUUUGGUGCUCAAUCUAUAGACAAGACCUCCUUGUUUGGUUAAGGUUAGGUAUCACUGCCCAAACUAUGUGGGUAAAAAGGUGCUUUAAUGGACUCACUUAAUAUGAACAAUAAACUUCUCCAAAGACCAUCUCUUUCAAAAGACCAGCCUUAAUCUACAUUUUUAAUAGUAUAAUUGCUUUCUUCUUUGAUAAGGCCAGAAGACUAAGGCCAGAAGACUAAUUCUACUGCAAAUUUGGGUGAUGGUUUCAAAAAGGUCUCAUGUGAUGCUUACCUACAGGACAUUUAAAAAUAACUUUAGUUCAAAAUUGAAGGUGACGUAGUAGACGAGCAAAAUGUUGGCCACCAAGGUAUAAUAAAAAAUGUCUAAAGAUAAAAAGCUAAGUAGAAGAGGAUUAUGUGUUUCUCUACCUAAUAUUCUAUGCGUUAAAUCAGCAUGUAUUUCACUCAUCUGUUAAGUAAAGAUCUGAAUACUACAAGUAAAGUUAGCAUGUAUGCAAUAAACAUUACUGAUGGAGGUAUCAGGAUUAGGUUAGAAGCCA